AUGACGUCCAAGAAGGAAAUCGAACCUCGCGUAAAAGCUCUUAUUAUCCUACUAGCAGUCGUCUGUUUUCCAAUCACCUUCUUUGUCCUCUACGGACAAAGAGGUCAAGGUAAUUUCGAUCGACUUCGGAAAGCACAAAGAAAAGAAAUUGCCAAAGCUCGUAAAAGAAAGAUCGAAGAUCAACCCAAGCCCUUGGAAGAGAGGAGAAAGCGAGAAUUGUCUCUUGAGCCCACCGGACGAAGGAGGGAUUUAGCGAAUGUAUUUUCGACCUGGAAGAGAAAUAGAAAGACACCGGCAAGCCUCCUUCAACUGCCACCCGAGAUUGUGGAGAAAAUUCUACUAGAAGUUCUAGGGCACGUUCGCUGUAAGGAGCCUCAUGACAUCGAACAUGCAGCCAAUUCUCAAUACGACAUUGAGCGCUCCUGCAUUCUAAGCGCCCAAAGACGAAAGUACUUGACAUCUGAAUGGAUGCGCCACUAUAAUCAAAGGCCCUCUCCAUUCUACACACGUUCUGAUUCUUGCCUCGCUGUUCUUCUUACGUGUCGUCGGGUAUACAACCAAGGAAUUCCCAUUUUGUAUUCUUGCAACACGUUUGAUAUCAACAAUCCCGAGACACUACUUUACCUUUCACAGACCGUUAUUUCCUCAAGAUUCAAAUCGAUAAAAUCUCUACAAAUAGACGUUAAUGCAUCCAUGGGUUCAAGUAUCAAUACGAGGCUAGCUGACCCAACAGUAGAGUUUUCAGAAUGGAAAAUGUGUUUAGAGAUGUUGGAACGGUUGGAGGGGUUGCAGAACUUGAGGUUAAGGGUGGAGUUCGAACUACAGGGACAUUACCCUAAUGUCAUUUACAGCGAUGAGCAGCUCCAGAAGUCUUUGCAAGAUUUACUGGAUGCCAUCAAGCUUAGUUCUUUGAGAGGACUGAGAAGAUUCGAUCUCGAGACUAAUAGCCGGGAUAUCAAAGGUGUUGAACAGACGGUUGAGAGUGUACGUGGCAUUGUUUGUACUUGA